AAGGCAGGGCCUUCAAUUUUCCACUCAAUAUCCAAUCUCACAGAUAGCCCACACACAGAGCUGGUUCCCAGACAGAGUGUCUGUUGCUGCCGCUAUUACUACUGCUGCUGCUGCGGCUACUACUAUGUAUAUAUCAUUUUUCCAAAAAAAAAAUAAAAAUCUCAAAGCAGUUUACAUAAAGAAAUAGAUGCUACUGCGAAUCCAGUGGCUUCUCCCAAACACUCUUGGGGUACUUACAAAGGAGCCUCACUGAAUGUAUUAUGACUGGAAGGUGGAUGGAUCGGAAUAUUUAUAUCAGGAUGGAAUUUCCUCUCUGCUGAAAUCAGCUAGACACCCGACAUACUACUUCUCCUCCCCCUGCAGCAUUGUGGCUCGGCUCACUUGCCUGAGUCGCCUUCAAACCUUGGCUCAGAAGGCAUUUUUCUCCAUGUGAGUGUUGCUGAACUACUGCUAGAAACAAUAUUGUAAUCCUAAGAAUGGCCCUGUCAGGUCAGUCAGUAUUAUUCCCAAAUGGCAGAUGGAGAGGCUAAGGCCACCUGGCACGUUGGUGGCAGAGGUGAGAUCUGAAUAGGGCACUUCCUGAUCCGGAGCUCAGUGUCUUAGCCAUCAUGCCAGGGCUACACAAGUUUGGCCCUCCCGCUGUUUUUGAACUACAACUCCCAUGGUCCUCAGCCACAGCGGCCAAUAGUCAGGGGUGAUCUGAGUAGCCCAAUCAUGGGGGUAGCCCAACCACAGCUGAAGGGACAAAGUGGUACAGCCCUGCGCUAUGCGAUGCCAUCCCUAGUGAGCCAGUCAGGAAUGUGCACCGUGUGAUACGGAUCCACACCCUUUCACCUCAGAGCCCAACUGUCAACAGCAGAUCCUGGAACCUUCUGGCAUCCUUUGCCUGAUUGGCUCUCGCAAGGCCGUUCACCUUCCGAGUGUCUCAUUUCAAGAGGACACUGGGCUGGGUUGACUUCUCCUCUCCUCACCAGUACAGGAAGAGAGUCUAGCUAAGCCUGAUUUCUGAUCCCUACCCAAGAAAGCAAGGAGAUGGGAUACUUCCAGGAGCUGACAUUAUCACUUGUCCUGAUAACCAUGAUUUCUUGCUUGGGAGCUUUGCAGUAUGGUUACAACUUCUGGAUCCUCUACAGUUCUGUUUUGGUGGAGGAAGAAUUGAACCAAGGAGACCUCCAUGUGUCCAGCAGGCAUACAGAUCCUAAAAUAUUACUUCUGGAGCUCACUAUUGCUAUCUUCCCAACUGGAGGCAUCCUGGGGUCUCUAAUCUUUGCUUUCUUGGUAGAUAGGUUUGGCAGGAAACGCACCAUGCUGCUAAAUGAUAUAUUUUCUAUACUCUGCGCUAUCUUGUUAUGUUGGUUCAAAAUGAUAAACUCUUUCUCGUUAUCCUUUGCUACACGCUUUGCUGCUGGAAUAUGCACUGGUAUUUUUUCAACUUCUGUUCCAAUGUACCUUGGAGAGAUUGCCCCUGUAAACCUGAGAGGAACCAUUAUCGAAGUGUGUCUGUUCUUUAUGUCUCUGGGUAUUGCUGUGGCUCAGGCUGUUAGUCUUCCUGAAUUCCUGGGGAAUGAACAAGGUUCGCCAGUCCUUUUUGGCCUAACUGGGAUCGGGGCGUUGUUUCAGCUCGUCCUACUGCUCUUCCUCCCGGAAAGCCCUAGGUAUCUACUGAUUCAAAAGAAGCAGGAAAGGGAAGCAAAGGAAGUCUUGAAGAAGCUCAGAGGUUCACACUAUACAGAGGAUGAGAUUGAAGAGCUCCAUCAGGAGGACCAGUAUGAGCAGGAAGAAAAGGGGAUGAGAGUUCAUAGGAUGCUAUGCUCUCCUAAGCAGUGCUGGCCACUCCUCUGCUCCAUCAUCCUGACGGUGGGCCAGCAGUUCUCUGGCAUCAAAGCGGCGUACUAUUAUAGAGGUGAUAUCUUAAAAUCUACGGAAAUAGGAGAACAGAAUGUGUCACGUCUCAUUUUAGGAGCAACCUGUCUCCUCAUGAUGACACACAUAGCAGUGAUUUAUGGCAUUGAUGCUUGGGGACGGAGGAUUCUGCUUCUCUGUGGCUUUGGAAUCUGCAGCAUCUGUUGCAUUCUGUUAACCAUGACCCUCGAAAUUGAGACCCCCAUCUCGUGGUUGCCUUACAUGAGCACAGUUCUAGUUAUAAUCCUCACUGGCGCACACAUCAUUGGGCCAGGUUCAGUUCCCAUCGUAUUGACAACAGAACUGUUCCUUCAGUCAUCCCGGUCCUCAGCCUAUGCGAUCGUAGGAUCUGUGCAUUGGUUCUGCAGUUGUUUUGUUACGCUUGGGUUCCAUCAUAUACAGAGCUAUAUUGGACCCUAUACCUUCCUCAUAUUCUUUCCUUUCAACUCUGUUGCCUUUUUUUAUAGCUUCAGGGUUGUUCCAGAAACGAAAAGGAAGACCUUUCUGUCUAUCAGGAAGCUUCUUGAAAUGCUUCCCAGGAGGAGUCUGGGAAAUAAGCAAGAAGCCAGCGAAGAAGCUGUGCAGGAGCCUAUAACACCGAGUGGUGGGAGGAGGGAGUCACGUGACAGGAAGGGGUCCUUGCAGCGUGACGGGAGGAGCGAGUCCUUGCAGCGUGACGGGAGGAGGCAGUCCUUGCGGGGUGAUGGGAGGAGGCAGGCCGUGCCACGUGAUGGGAGGAGAGAGUCCGUACCACGUGAUGGGAGGAGGCAGUCCUUGCGGGGUGAUGGGAGGAGGGAGUCCGUGCCACGUGAUGGGAGGAGGAUGUCGGUGCAGCGUGGAAGGAUGCAAUAGAUGGUUUCAAAGAUGCAAGGAUGCCAGCAACUUGAAUCUUCCAGGUGCAUCUUCUAAUGAAGUCUAGUAAAAGAAAAAUGUGAUGUCAUAUCCUGGUGAGCAGGAUUUUCUCACUUCAGUUCCUUUGCUGCCAUUCGAAGGAGAGGAGAAAUGUUUGAUAUGAUGAUGUCAUAUUAUGUGGUUCUUUUAUUUGACAUUAGUGGGGAGAUGUGUGGGGACAAUAAGGGGAAUGGGGUCUUCUUCUGGUAACAUCUCAUUAAGCCCUAUUUUGUAAAGAGGGAGAUGUGAAUCACUACCAAAGGGUAUUGAUUUUUUCAACUUUUACAGUUUUUGUUUAGAGGGAAUUGUAGCUCAUUUAUUUUCUGAUUCAAUCCCUCAGCCGGUAAACAAGAUUGUAGGUAGACAUAAAAAUUUAAAAUAAAAAUCAAAACUUACAAGUAA